AGACGCGUCACCUCCGCCGCAUUUCAACCAGCUCUCAACACCGGCAUUGUCGCCUAUAUUGACGCUUUUUUUAGUACUUAGAAUCGCCUAUCAUGGCCAAACGCUCGCGAGCUCCCACUUCUAGCGCUGCCGCCAAACGCAAGUGCCCAUCUAAUGUUUCAUCUCAUCCAUCAUAGCGUCCAUCAUUGUUCCGUGAUGCCCCGGCUGCUGCAAACUGGGCCUCCGAGUCGUCUAUACAAAUAUUUGAGUCGCAAUUCUGGGAAUCCUGGAGAUGGCGAUGGCGAUGGCGAUGGCGAUGGCGAUGAGCAACUUGAGAGCUUCGCUGACGACUUUGAGGGCAUCGAUUGGGCGCGUUUACGAACGUUUAUGAAGCCUCCCAUCUUUUUCGGUCUUGGCUUAAGCCAAGCGCAUAUACAUACCAGUUGCGAGAGUAUGGAAUAUGCGACUACUUUGCAGAGCAGUAAUAUGCACGAAAGUACAGCUACCACAGCGUUGGGAUAUAACACGAGCAAUACACGUUCCUGGACCGCAAUCUUGAACAGCUGGACUAUGAUGCCAAGCAUAAGACCCAGUCCUCCGAUCACAACACCAUCCACAGCUAGGACAAGCUCAAGCACAGUCAUGCCUGCUCCCCUUCCUGAAACCUCAGUGGAGGCGAUCAUUGAUAUUCAUAUUGGUAACCUCUCCGGGACUGCUACUAUUGAUCUCACUAAUGCCAAUGCUACCCCCACGUCACUCAUACUAGAGAGCCAGUCGAUGUCGAUGCUUCCAACAUCAAUGGCGAGCUUUUCUGACCCUAGACCUACGCCUUGUUUCGGAUCUUUAGAGUGUAAUACAACCAAAGCAGUGUCUCAGCUUGCAAACGCUUCUUUCAACCUAGCGUGGUUUUCAAUUUUAAUAUGUGCCAAUUAG